CUUUUGGCAUAAUGGCUACUGCAAGACAACCGACCGUUACUCUGCAUCCUUUGUCAAGUUACACCUUUGGGGUGAAGGAUCCUCAGCCAGAGGAAGAUCCUUCUGUGGCUGCACGGCUUCUACGUCUGCAGAGCGAAUACCAAACACAGGGCAUGCGAAUAACUGUUGAGGGAGUGCUUGUGGUGCAUGAACAUGGACAUCCACACGUGCUUAUGCUCCAGAUCGCAAAUACGUUUUUUAAACUUCCAGGAGAUGCCCUAAAACCGGGAGAAGAUGAAGUGGAAGGUCUAAAAGCACGUCUUAACCAUAAGCUUGCUCCGCCGGGCGGAGAGCAACCGGGGUCGGGCGAUUGGGAAGUUGGAGAGCUCCUUGCUGUUUGGUGGCGACCAAACUUUGAGACUUUUAUGUACCCAUACAUACCAGCGCAUAUCACGAAACCAAAAGAGAUGAAAAAGGUGUAUCUCGUGCAUCUGCCAGACAAAAAGCUAUUGUCGGUGCCAAAGAACAUGAAGCUGUUGGCGGUACCAUUAUUUGAGCUGUAUGAUAAUGCUGCACGAUAUGGGCCGCAACUAUCGGCACUGCCACAUCUCCUGUCCCGCUUCAAUUUUAUUUAUGAAUAGUUGAGCCAACUUUCUCGCAGACUUUACAUAGCGUUCCCCUGUGAGAAUAGAACUCAUGAGUGAGCUUUGUCGUCGAUUCCGUA